CGAUUCAGGGAUAAGCCAGGCAAAUAGCGUCUGUCUGUGCUGGAGCGCGGAGGCGACAGCGCCGGGGUGAAGCCCUCUCAGUUUUCAGGAAAGAUUUCCCACAUGGGUCUCAUCUACCAAUCACAACAGAAAGGACCAAAUUCAUCCGGGCUGCAUUUCACAUAUACUCAAUGGAGUUAUAGAAUUCAGGGGUAAAUCUGGCCCUUUGUGGUGGAUGCCUAAGGAUAUUUCAAGGGAGAUCCCAGAGUUUGACGGUGAGAACAUGUAUAUGAGUAUGACAGAGCCGAGCCAGGACUAUGUGCCAGCCAGCCAGUCUUUUCCUGGCCCAAGUCUUGAAAGUGAAGAUUUUAACAUACCUCCUAUAACUCCGCCGUCAUUGCCUGACCACUCCCUGGUGCACUUGAAUGAGAUAGAAUCUGGGUACCACUCUCUGUGUCAUCCCAUGAACCACAACGGCCUCCUUCCAUUCCACCCACAAAACAUGGAUCUACCUGAAAUUACAGUUUCCAACAUGCUUGGCCAAGAUGGGACACUGCUUUCCAAUUCUCUCUCUGUGAUGCAAGAUUUACGGAAUACAGAAGGAGCCCAGUAUAGUUCCCAUCCUCAGAUGGCAACCAUGAGGCCAAGGGUUCAACCUGCAGAUAUUAGGCAGCCAGGAAUGAUGCAGCACGGGCAGCUGACUACUAUUAACCAGUCCCAGCUCAGUGCACAGCUUGGUUUGAAUAUGGGUGGAAACAAUGUUCCUCACAACUCGCCCUCUCCACCUGGAAGCAAAUCUGCAACUCCUUCACCAUCCAGUUCAGUCCAUGAAGAUGAAGGAGAAGAUAGCUCUAAGGUCAAUGGUGGAGAGAAGAGACCUGCUUCAGAUAUGGGAAAGAAACCGAAAACUCCCAAAAAGAAGAAGAAGAAGGACCCAAAUGAGCCACAGAAGCCUGUGUCUGCCUAUGCAUUAUUCUUUCGAGACACUCAAGCAGCCAUAAAGGGCCAAAACCCCAAUGCUACUUUUGGUGAAGUCUCUAAAAUUGUAGCUUCAAUGUGGGACGGCUUAGGAGAAGAACAAAAACAGGUAUACAAAAAGAAAACUGAAGCUGCCAAGAAGGAAUAUCUGAAGCAGUUAGCUGCCUACAGAGCAAGCCUUGUAUCCAAGAGCUACAGUGAACCCGUUGAUGUUAAAGCCUCCCCACAACCUCAGAUGAUGAAUUCAAAGCAGUCAGUGUUCCAUGGGCCCACCCAGGCUCACUCUGCACUGUACCUCAGUUCCCACUACCACCAACAACCAGGAAUGAAUCCUCACAUCACUGCCAUGCAUGCCAAUAUCCCCAGGAACAUAGCGCCCAAGCCCAACAACCAAAUGCCAGUGACUGUUUCCAUAGCAAACAUGGCUGUGUCCCCACCACCACCUCUUCAGAUCAGCCCCCCUCUGCACCAGCAUCUCAACAUCCAGCAACACCAGUCGAUUUCAAUGCAGCAGCCCAUUGGAAACCAGCUACCGAUGCAAGUCCAGUCUGCUUUACAUUCACCUACAAUGCAGCAAGGAUUUACUCUUCAGCCUGAUUAUCAGAAUAUCAUCAAUCCAACAUCAACAGCUGCACAAGUUGUUACCCAAGCGAUGGAGUAUGUUCGUUCAGGGUGCAGAAAUCCUCCAGCACAGACUGUGGACUGGAAUAAUGACUACUGCAGUAAUGGGGGCAUGCAGAGGGACAAAGCACUCUACCUUACCUGAAAAUCUGAAACACCUCUCCUUUCCACUGAGGAAUGCAGGGAAGUCUUUUCAUCAUGGAUUGCUUUAUGCAGUCAAGGCAGUUCUGCAUUUUAUUAGGAAAUACAAGUUGCUAAGCACUUAGGACUAUUUGAGCUUGUGGGUCACCCACUCUGGAAAAAAUAGUCUUGCUUCUUUCUUUUUCUUUUUUUUUCCCCCCCCCCAUUUUUUUCUCUUUCUUUCUCCUUUCCACCCCUACCCUGAGAUCCUUUAACGGACAUUGCUUUUCUUCUUCCCUGAAGGAAACUUGGACCAUUCAGAUUUUAUGUUGGUUUUUGCUGUGAAGUGCUGCGAUAGUAACUGCCUUAGCAACUGUAGAUGUCUCGGAUAAAAGUCCUGGAUUUUCCAUUGGUUUUUCAUAAUGGGUGUUUAUAUGAAACUACUAAAGACUUUUUAAAUGGCUUGAUGUAGCAGUCAUAGCAAGUUUGUAAAUAGCAUCUAUGUUACACUCUCCUAGAGUAUAAAAUGUGAAUGUUUUUGUAGCUAAUUGUAAUUGAAACUGGCUCAUUCCAGUUUAUUGAUUUCAAAAUAAGGGUUAAAUUGGCAAACAUUCAUAUUUUUACUUCAUUUUUAAACAACUGACUAAUAGUUCUAUAUUUUCAAAGUAUUUGG